GGGAGCAGGGGGCUGAGCCGAUCCCACGUGUGACGCUUUCAUUCCCGGCUCAGUAAUAUUCUCAUAGCGGGGCUUUGCAUAUCUCCUGCCCGUAUCUGUGUGCGUCUGUCACUGUUACUGUAGUCCCAGCCUAUAGUUUUGGACUAGACAUGGAAGGAGACGGGAGUCAAGCCACCUCCGGAAGCCUAAAUGAUUCACAACAUGACCCGGGUAAAAUGUUUAUCGGUGGCCUCAGCUGGCAAACAUCACCAGACAGCCUUAGAGACUAUUUUAGUAAAUUUGGAGAAAUAAGAGAAUGUAUGGUGAUGAGAGACCCCACGACGAAACGCUCAAGAGGAUUUGGGUUUGUUACGUUUACAGACGCCGCCAGCGUAGAUAAAGUCUUAGCUCAGCAACACCACGAAUUAGACUCAAAGACGAUUGAUCCUAAGGUUGCCUUUCCUCGUCGCGCCCAGCCUAAGAUGGUCACAAGAACGAAGAAAAUAUUUGUGGGCGGUUUAUCUGCCAAUACAGUAGUUGAAGAUGUCAAGCAGUAUUUUGAACAGUUUGGAAAGGUUGAUGACGCCAUGCUUAUGUUUGAUAAGACGACUAACAGACAUAGAGGAUUUGGUUUCAUAACUUUUGAGAGUGAAGACAUCGUAGAGAAAGUCUGUGAAAUUCAUUUUCAUGAAAUCAAUAAUAAAAUGGUAGAAUGUAAGAAAGCCCAGCCCAAGGAGGUGAUGUUCCCGCCGGGCACACGGGGGCGAGCCAGGGGUCUGCCCUACACCAUGGAUGCCUUCAUGUUGGGGAUGGGCAUGCUGAGUUACCCUAAUAUUGUGGCAACGUAUGGCCGUGGAUACACUGGAUUUGCACCCAGCUACAGCUACCAGUUCCCUGGCUUCCCAGCGACGGCGUAUGGACCGGUGGCAGCGGCAGCGGUAGCAGCAGCGCGUGGCUCAGGUAGGGGGGCCCGUGGAAGAGGCGGCUACUUGGCGUACCCACAGAGCACAGGGCCAGGCCUCCCCGAUUAUGGGUUUUACUCUGCGCCCAGUGACCAGAGGGGGGGGCCCUGCUCCUUUGCUGACUAUGGUUCGCUGGGGCCCCAAGCGGCUCAGAUGCUGCACAGUGAGCAUGCCACCUCCGCCUGCAACUCCCCCCUCCAGCACCUACACAGCCCGGAUCAAUUUAAGAACCAAGGCACCAACCCUUCAAGGCCCGGUGGGUUCCCCGGUGCCAACAGUCCCGGGCCUGUGGCAGAUCUGUACGGACCUAGCAGCCAGGACUCGGCUGUGGGCAACUACAUCAGUGCUGCUAGCCCCCAGCCCGGAUCUGGUUUUGGACCCAGCAUCACUGGCCCGUUGAUUGCGACAGCUUUUACAAAUGGAUACCAUUGAGCAGGUGGCUGGUUGCCAUCUCGUCAGAGCAGAGUCUGUCUGGUGGUCCGGGGAAAUCAGGGCGGAGUUUCUAAUUGGCUUUGUGUGCAGGUGACGCUUUUCAACCUUCAAGCACUACAGCGUCACCGGGGCAAAUGGAGAGACAGUCGGAGCCGGCCGACCGAGAAAAGAACACGUUAAGUCAUCUCAGAAAAUAACUGCUGUACUAUAUUCCAAACCUCCUAUUACUCCCUUUACCUGGUUUGGUUCCAGUAUCACCACCGAUUCUUUCCCCCGUCAGCUUUCUUUUUUUUUUUUUUUUCCUCUGUCGAUGAUCAGUCCUUCCCUUGGAUGAUGUUUCGUGCAUAUGGUUUUCGGAAUUGAGAAAAAUCUCAGAUAAAGAAAAAAAAAAUCCAUCUUGGGACGAUUUGCUGAAAAAUACUCAAGUUUUAAGGAAAAAUUUGAAGGUAUAAAAGUAAUAAAUCUUAGUAGCGGUUUUAUUUCUUGUGAUGUCUCAUUGUUAACCAUAAUGACCUAUUUUUGGGCAAUACGAAGAGGACUUCAAUAUUUUUAUGGUCCUUUUUUAUAAGUGUCAUUUUAUUUGUUGUUUAGAAGUAUAUAAAUAUAUAUAAAUAUAUGCUAUAACAAAAUUUCAUAUUACUACAUUGUGAAUUGAAACUUGAGAAAAAGAAAUGUAGCUGUACAUAUUAUUCCAGUCACUGCAUAUAACCCACUCAGUGAGAGAAUAGCAUAUUUUUGUGGUGGUGUGUCAAAGAACUAGCGUGUGAAUAGACGAAGAAAAAAAAAAGCUGUAAACACUUAUUAUUCUACUUUUCCUGCUGGAAACAUCACACACAAAACGCGCUCUGUAAAUACUCAAGCUGAAUAAUUUUACAAGUGUCAUACCAGCAAAUUUGCAGUCAACACUGUUUUAAGAAGAAAAAAAUAUAUAUAUAUAUUACAAAAAAACGCAAGUUGAAAUUGGUAUCUUUUGUCUAACUGUUCAAGUAUCGCUAUCAUUUCAAAGCAGAGAUAAAAAAAAAAUGAAUCCAAAGCACACUGUACUUAGAUGUAAACAGCAGUUUUCCGGUGCAUCCUGACACUUUUCUACUCCAGAGGAUCUUGUUUGUUUUGGUUUUUUUUAUGGUUUGUUUCAUCCUGCUUGUUCCUGAUCCAGUCUUGAUGUACUGCUUGUUCCUCGGAUUCAAAUAAGGAAAGUUUUGAUAUCAUACCUCAGCCGCCAGAUUGUUGGAAUCGACGGCAGGUUUAAUUUAUUCAACAACGAUGAAAAAAAGGAAAAAAAAAAAGAAAAAAAAAACACUGAACGGUAACGCAGCGGUUUAUCAUUGCACUGUGAGUAGUCGAGUACAGGCCACUUCCUAUUUGCACAUGUACAUGUUGGCUUUUGUAAGAAACGGCCCUGUGCUUUGGGAUAACAUGAAGGUUUUCCUUUUUUGGAUGAUAUUCUGAAACUUUGGAAAUAGAAGAGACUAUUUAUGGAGACAUUGAACUUCACUCUGGCUACGUUCACGUUACCAUUUGAUUUUGGGCUCGGCUGUCAAGUGAGCAUUAAUACCGUGCUCCCUUUCUUUUCUACUUUGAAAGCAAAUCAAUCGCCUUGUUGUACGGAACCUUUUCGACAAAAUAUGACGAUAGACUUCUGCACAUUUAUUUAUGGACUCGUUUGUAAGUUUGAGGUUGUUUUUCCAAAGCUUGUCCAGUAAAUUCAUACUAGACUUGUUUCUUAAUUUAUAUAACGGCAACAGUGAGUUUUGUAAAAUAAUAUCUUAUUUAUUGUCCAAUAUUUAUCCUGGACUUGACAGGGUCAAUAAACACACACACGCGCGCUCGCGCACACACACAUACACACACACACACACACAUAUAUAUAUAUAUAUAUAUCCAUUGAAGUGGAAUCAGUGUUAUGACUUCUGUGUUCUGUCAGUUUGAUGGACAGCAUUUCACAACGCAAACUCUCAAAGGAGUUGUGUGAACGUAGCCUCAGUGCCGCAGCACCUGGUUCAUGAUUUCACUUCAUAAAAAAACAAAACAAAAGAUGGAAUAAUAGGAACUGCUUUUUUUUUUUUUUUAAACGAAAGUCACUGAUGGCGCGAAUGGUGUGUAUUCUGAAAAAAAACACUGUUGAUUUCUGUUUUAUUUUUCUGUAUCAUUUCAAAAACGACCAGGUGAAAGAAAUAUGCUGGAUUAUAUGGAGGUAUGUUCAAGUAAUAACUUUAAAAAAAAAAACGACAAAAAAAACUGUAAUGUUCAAAUGUUGAAGAAAAUAUAAAAGUGUGGAAAAAAAAACUAUAAAAAAGAUGUUUCUUUGCAGAUAUCAAGUCUAAUCCAAAUUUUAUUGAUACUUUGUGGUUUCUAUAUGAAUACUUGUAAUAUAGUAUUAAACUGUACUGUGCAUCCAUUGCUUUCUCUCUCUCCAUCCCCAUCUUCUGUUGAUCAUCCCGUGUUCCAUCAGUGUGUGAAGAACUCCUUGUAAACAGAGUGCUGUCUUUGAUACCAGUGUAGUGCUCUUUGUUGUUCUCCCUCGCUCUACCUCUCCCCCCUCCCCCCUCCCUCAUACUUACCCCCCCCACCCUGCCUCCCCCGCUCCCCUCGCACUCUUUUUCUAUCUCCUGUAUUUAGAUGUUCUAUAGGACUCAUUAAUAUGAUACUCGUAGUGACUAGUGGGUUUUUAGGCUCAGUCAAGAUAGACGUUCUUCUCACCCAAGAUUCUUUUGCUUGUGAUUUCUAUCCCCGUGUGUGUUUUCCGUUGCUCACAUGGUGUCAGCGAACCAAAGCUCUCGUUGAGGAACAGUGGCUGUCAGAUGGGAAGUGUACACAAGGCAUUAAUCAGACCCCCACCCUUGAAUGUUUUUUUAAAAAAAGAGGGGUGCGCCAUACUACCUUAAAUGCUAAGGCUCGAUAUGCAAAACGGAGUUUUCAUCAAGAACACAAGCUGUUCUAAUAGUUCAAGUGCUCUUUGAUUCAUCUUUUAUUCAAAAAAAUACACUUUCACACCACUGAUUGUCAGGACAGUUCCAAAAAUAGACUUUUUUUUUUUUUUUUUUUUUUGAAGAGUCCACCUGCUACUUUGAAAUCAGAGCGAGGCUGAUUAGGAGGUGCUUUAGAGUCGGGUCCCCGAUGUCAGAGCGGGACCCCAACGCCGAGGAGUGCUGGGACAAAUCAGAGCAGGAGAGGUUUCCAGGCCGCAUCACCACUCGGGACGGGGAUGAUUGAAGUGCAGGUAGCGCAGCGGCCUCCUGUUUACAGCAGACGCAGCGUUGCUGGCAAAAACAAAGCUGUUCACGCUGCGAGCCCACUCCAGCUGAUGGUUUGGGAGGAUGGUUCAACCUCAUUUUUACACUGGAUGUUGCAUUUACAUCACGGCGUGGGGUCGGCCAAUGAAAUAGUCUGUUUCAUCCCGUCGGUUGUCAACUUCCAUGGCGAGCCAACGGUAAUGGCGGCGCUUCGUCUGCGGUCACGCGACGUCGACUGCUUUUUUUUUUUUUUUAACUGAUGAAUGUAAUUACACCCACAUUAUGUAAUGAUCUGUCGCAUUUUGUUAUAAUAACCCAGAAGCAAUAUGUCAGGAGCCUCUCUCUUUUCACAGACACCGCAGUCUGGAGUGACAGCGGCUGCACUGUUUACACACAUUAUACACAUGAUGAUGAUGAAGUUCCUCAAGAGGAAAACAGUAGAUAGAUCUCAGUGUUUUGGAAGAAUCUGAAGCACCGUCCGACCAGAUGAGAAAUGCUUGCGCAAAAGCACACACGUCGGUGCAUGCUCUUUUCAGAGGGUUGUUUUUUAUAUAGCAAAAUGUGACAGGAAAGCACGUAAGGCGGGUGUUCUUACACGCGUAACACUGCGUCCUGAAUUUAUUGAGAUAUUGUUAACACGUCGCUGGAGAAUCCAUCAGGAGGUGAAAGUGCCCUUUUGAAGUGGACAGCCAGUAUGACAGUACACAAUCUUAUGUGUUUAUUAAGAGUCUGACCUUGUCCUUGACAGCUUUACUGAGAGUUCACCAAUCAGCCACAACAUUGCGACCACACAGAGAUUAGCUCUCACUGGUGGAACCUGCGCUUAUGAAUGGUUCCUGUGUCCAGCCAGGGUGACCAUGCUGACCCCUUUACACCAUCAGGGUGAAUGUGAGCGUCACAACUGGACCGUAAAGUGGCUGCGCACAUGAGAAUGGUUCAGGCCCACUGGUUGGGAAUGGCUUUGUUGCAUGUGGUGAGGUGUCAUGAAACAGCGUCCUCAUUUUGCCGCUCACUGCUGUAACCUCAUGAUGCUUUUGAACUGAGAGCGCCACCUACUGAAAAUGAGGUCACAGUUUCAUGAAACCUCAGGCCGUCACUGCUGAAUGACUUUUUUUUAGUCAGUGUUUUUUCAACUGAGGUGCCGCGUGAGAGAGUGCCAGGUGUGCCGUGGGAAAAUGAUCCAGUUUCACCUCGUGUCCAGAGACAGAGGUGGGUGAUACGAUGACAUUAAGUCAUGACAAUUUGAGCGUGUUGAUGAUCAACCAAGGUGAGCAGAUCACAUGGAUUCGCUGACAUUCUUUCUCUCCACUCUACUGUAGAGCUCCAGUGUGUUGAUGCGCUGAUCUGUCCGUCAGUCAAAGCAGCGCUGCUGUGGUGCGCGGCGCUCCUCUUCCCACACACUCACAGACAAGAAGCCGCUCUCAUGCGCAACUUCUAGCUGUUUUUAAGCUAACAGAGCUAACGGCUAAUGUGACGUCUCACUUCAAAACUAUUGAUACCAGUACAUGGACUGUCAAAGUUUGCUUUGUGGUUUAAACGUUGGCAUGCACAACAAAAUAAAUGCGCUCCAAAAUGUCAAAGAAUAAUAAGCAAGUUCAGGCGAAGAACGCUAAAGAUUUGGCUGGAAACUCAAAAAUACAAUACAAUCAUGCAAAAGAGAAGUGAUCGAAACAUCAAAAUCAAUCAAAACAGUUAUUUAAAGUAAGUGAAUUAAAAAUUAAAUCAAAUUAUGUAUUUUGCUGUAUUCCCCGCCCCUUUCUGGACACAUUUGAAACAAAUACAUUUCCAGCAAUUUGCUUCUGCAGUCUGGCAAAAUAACAACAGAGUGUCAGUAGCUACAGUUUUUCAUAAAUGAAGAGGGAUUUUCUAUAGGACUUUAAGCACAAGUGCGCUUUGGCCAAGGUUCCUUUGAGAGUGUGCCUGUGGAUUUUUUAAUUGAACCAAGGCUGCCCUGGCUAGAAAAAGGUUGAAAAACACUGAACUAACAGAAUGCAUUUGAAUUUCAAUUCUUCAUAUUAGGUGACCAUCUUGAGCGGUAUGAGUUCCUGUCUCACAGCUCCACCUGAGAAGGCUCCGAAAGUAAAUUCACUUAGCUCAUACAGUCAUGUUAGAAAUAGAUUUUCCACUGAUGAGUAGAUAAAGCUUCAUGAAACAGUGUCCUCAUUUUCAGACUCCGCUAGACGUUUGGCUUUGCACCACUGUUUCAACUAACUCAUGAGCGCCACCCACUGAGCUCAGCAAAUGAGGAUACUGUUUCAUGAAACCUUUCGCUCUGCUAUCUGGGCCAAAAUGGCAGCAGUUAAGUGCCAACUGGGCCUUAAAGGGUUCACAGACUUUUCAAGAGUCUGAAUGAGUCACAGCUGCCUCAAUUCGUCUUGGCAGCAGUAUGUUAUGGCUGAUUUGUGAACAACAAGCUUGAAUGACAGCCUCAUGUUAGCUUCAACGUUUAAAGUUGAUCUGUGUGAAUUGACUUCUAUACAUUUACAACCAUUCCAAGGCAUUAGUCCGGCAAUAACAACCAUAACCAACACAGUCGAGUGUUUAAACAGAUGCUGCUGGUGUUCUUUUUAGUUCCAUCAGAAUUCCCAUGUGUUCAUGCCGACGCUCAUCACAAAACUGGUGCAGAAGUAUUCUUAAAAAGACAAACUUGAAUCCCACCUGUGUUGCUGUAGCUUAGACUUUAAGGUAGCAUGGCUCUGUUGCUGUCCUUUUGUUUUUCCUCUCCAAACUGACAGCAGUUUACAGCUGAUGAAUGUUACACAUUUUCGUAGACUAGCCAAUCCAUUCGGGGCGAGGGCAAGGGGUCUUUGGUUUCAGAAAACAACAACACGGUAACAACAACGAUAACAAAAGACAAAAAAAGCAGUCCGCCCGAACAGGGCCGGCGUUUGUAGUGUACUACCGUAUCCAUUUAAACUUGAAUCUUCAGGCAAGUGUUAGGCAAUGGCCAAAAUCUGUAUCUCCCCCUCCACCACCUCCCUUGAUCACAGUGGUUAAAAAAAAACAGUUACUCAUGGUCGCCUGAACUGAGCGUUACUACCGGCGAUGACAGAGGAAGAGGAGGCAAACGUGUCUUUAUUUCCUGUUUUUGUGUUGAGGGGUGAACUUUGUCGUCACUUCAGACCCACCUCCAUUUGUCAGACUUCCAUGUAAAUUGCAAUAUAUCUUCAUGUGUGUGUGUCCUGUGUGUGAUAAAUAUAUACUUCCUCA